AGAUUGACAGAACUGUGAGAGCGGUGCACCCAAGUUGGACGCGUUGGUGACAAAAUUCGGAGAAAGGUGGUCUACUAACACUGACAAGGAGUAAACUUGCAAAUUUACCUGUAUCCUCAUAAAUGGCGAGUAUAGGACUGGCUGUAAAUGCUCCAAACACAGAAGAAAGGGCCGUCUUUACACAACUGAAACCAGUACGGAUGUCCGGCAACGGGGAGGCAGCUGAGGAUUCGUCCGUGUUUGAGGAAGUCAAACCUGAGGUGAGAGUCCCUGAAAGCUCUGUAGAAAUUGCCCAGACUCGCAUUGAGAUGGACAAGUACCUCCCCCAGACCAGCGCCACACUGGCCCCCAGCGUCCUGCCCGACAAGAAGUACCGCCGUGAGAGUGCCUCUGUGGUGGACGAGUACUUCUCCGAGGACAAGCCAGCGCCCUACAGCCUCAACAUCAACUUCAUCCUGCCCAGUGCUCAGCUGCGCACAGGCCUUUACCGCCCACCGGGCAAGCCCGUCAUCCAGCAGCACAUCAAGGCCGAGCCGGGCACCGAGGUGCCCUGCUCCGUCCAGCCCCUGCCCGACUUCACCUCGGUGUUCAGCACGCCGCAGCACGCCGCCGUCAGCAACCUUUUCAUCAAGCCCAACAACAUGGCCGCUGUCACCACCGCGAGCACCACCGUCGUCACAUCGGUGACGGACGACUUGCCCAUCGGGCCGCAGCAGCCGCAGGUGUAUCAGAUGCCCAUCAGCGGGACCGACCUCACCAUGACGCUAUCGCACGGGCAGCCAGGAGCAGGAGGCAGCAGCAAUGGACGCACCAUGCUCAACCUCAACAGUGUGGCUCUGAUGGCCGGGCCGGGAGGAGGCGGUGGCAUUGGCGGGGAUUUCGUGAUGCCCGAGCAUUUCUACCUGGCGCACAGCCAGCAGCCACACAGCCUGCCACCUUCACCACCCAACUCACAGCCGGGCAGCCCAGAGAACCAGGCCGAGAUGAUCGGCCCCAUUCUGCCCCCACCCUACCAGCCCAGGGGCGGGCUAAAGACCCCCCACUCGGUGCUCAUGACUCACGGGCAAGGGGUGCUCACUGGACCCCGCUACAACCGACGGAACAAUCCGGAACUGGAGAAGAGGCGAAUCCACCACUGUGACUUCUCUGGAUGCACCAAAGUUUACACAAAGAGCUCACAUCUAAAAGCACAUCAAAGAACACACACAGGAGAGAAGCCAUAUCGGUGUGGCUGGGAGGGCUGUGAUUGGCGGUUUGCGCGUUCGGACGAGUUGACGAGGCACUACCGCAAGCAUACUGGAGCCAAGCCAUUCAAGUGCGUAGCGUGCAGUCGUUGCUUCUCACGGUCAGACCACCUGGCACUGCACAUGAAGCGCCACCAGAACUGAAUCAACUUCGAGAUGUUGUUUGUUUUUGUCCUUUACCCUUUUCAAAUUCACCUACCACUUACAUUUUUCUGAAAUAUUGCGUAAAAAAAAUUGACUGGCCCAAUAAAGAUCAAACAAAGUUCACACCUGCCCGUUCAUACCUGUAGGUAUAGAUCAACACAAAACAGUUGUUUGAAAAUGUUAUGCAUGUAUAGCAUUUGUGUGCAUCUAUAUUUUCUUGUAUAUAUGUUUGUAUAUAUGAUUUUUGUUUUAUUUGUUAUGCUUUCUGAAUUGGAAAUGAAUGUACUGAUACAUACUUGAGCUUAUUUUUCGGACAUACACGAUUAUCCACAGUAUGAUAAAAUUCCAUGCAGUUUAGGAUUGUUUUCUCAUAACUCCGAGACACUUCACUGGACAAAGGUAGUUCAAUACUAGUGAAGGCCUCAGCAUGAAAGAUACCCAUGGUUGGACAGGUUUGGAAGGCAAUGGUGGACCCUUCAUGAAUAGCAGCUAGAUUUUGAGUCAGUUAUGGCCCACGUGUGGCCCAGACCCUCCCCAGAGUCAGUCUGAAUGAACCUGUCCUGUGUCCCCCUGCUUCUCUCAUUUCCUGAGACGCUGAGGAGUUAAAGAGUUCUGUUUGUGUUAUGGACAUAUCAGUAACUAUGGAGACAAAGCUCUUUAUUGAGGGCAGUUUUGCAAGGCCUUUUUAUGAUGUGAGCAGAUGCCAGUCACUGAUAGAGGGCCAUUCAUAGACAUUUGGGUUAAAAUUCACCAAGACUCACACAUGAUUCAAUGUAACAUGAACAGUUUCAUGUAUACAUUUACAAUGAUGUAUGUACAAGCUUCAACAAUGAUUUCAGUGCCAAAUAAUUGGAAAAUGAAGAACCAGGCAUUUUAUUUUGAAGAUUUAUGUAUGCAUUGGUAAUCAGAAAUUGGCCUUGAAAAGAAGUAGAAAAUAAGCUUUCAAGUUAUACACAGAAACAAGAGAGUUAUUUAUUUAUAUUUUUUUCAAUUUUGAGAGCAAUGCUAUUUUCCCCUUCAUAAUUUAAGGAAUGAGUGGCAAAAAUGUAGUGAUUUGAGUGUUUAUUGAUGUAUUAGUGGUAUUUAUAUGUACUGUAAUGAACACACACAUAAUCUUUUCAAUAGACAACUUCAUCAGACAUCAAGCAUCAAUUAAUCCUACAUUAAUCAAGACUAUAGGUCUCUCAUACAGAAGGCAACAGAAGUCAGUUCUUCACUUUGGACUCACUGAAUCAACUACUGGGCUCUCAGUCCAAGAAGAUCCAAACACUUAGCACUUCCUUUUUUAAAAGGUUCAAGUUAUCUUGUGUGUGUGUGCAUGCAUGGAUGUGUGUUUGUGUGUGAAGAUUUCUUUCAAUUGCAGAUAUAUAUAUAU